AGUGAUAUUGAAUAUACUGAAGUGAGAUGUCUUGUUAUCUCGGGUCUUUGCUCCGUCAACGUCAAAACGCAAAGCAUCUUGGGUAAAAAUUCCUUCAACGAAAAUAUCGAGCGCUACUCUCGAAAUUUACUUAUUGAGUCGGAGACGGUGAUAUAAGAACAAAAUGGCAAUGCAAAAUCUGCAUCUUGCGGGAGAGGAUGACGAUGAGAUGUACUCUGGCUACAAUGAAUACAAUCCAUUUUUUGACACAGAGAAUCUUGAGCAAGAUGAAACCUUUCAGAAGACAGUACAGAAAACAAGUCAUGGAAGAAGACCACCUAUGACAGCUGCUAGGCAACCCCAGAUUGGUGCACAAAGAGGCAUGAUGGGAACAGCUGCUGGGAGUCGUCUUAAAACGGGUCUUACAUCGUCAAUGGGAGCUAGACCUAUUACAGGGAUGGCACCUCAGGAUGGCAAUGUUGCUCGACCAAUGACCGCUGUCAAAGCUGCGGGAUACUCAUCAACUGGCAGAGGGCAAGCAUUUGACCCAUUGGGUCAAUCAUCGAAAGGACCACCGCCCCCAUUAGAGACCAAGAAUGAAGACUCUGCUGAAGAGAAAGUAAAACAGCUUGAGAAGCAAGUGAAUGAUCUGAUAGAAGAAAGCUGCUUUGCUCACAGUAGAGGAGAAUUUACUCUGGCUCUGGAUAAAGCAAAGGAGGCUGGACGGCAGGAGAGAAGACUAGGAUCGGUCAGAGAUCAACUCAGUAACAACGAACAGGUCAACCUUGACUUGACCUACUCGGUCUUGUUCAACUUAGCCAAUCAGUAUGAAGCUAAUGAGAUGUUUACAGAAGCCCUCACUACCUACCAAGUCAUUGUAAAGAAUAAGAUGUUCUCAAAUGCAGGUCGUUUGAAGGUGAACAUGGGUAACAUCUACUACAAGCAACGCAACUACCCCAAGGCUAUCAAGUAUUACCGUAUGGCCCUUGAUCAAGUCCCCAAUACACACAAGAGAUUGAAGAUGAAGAUAAUGCAGAACAUCGCCAACGUCUUUGUCAAGAUGGGCCAGUACUCCGACGCAGUCACAUCCCUAGAGCACAUCAUGGCUGAGAAGUCUGAUCACUCAACAGCGUUCCAUCUCAUCCUCUGUUACUACGCAACAGGAGACAGAGAUAAGAUGAAGAAGACCUUCCAGAGGCUCCUUGGAGUCGAGAUGAAUCUGGAGGACGAGGACAAAUACCUGCCACAUCCAGAUGACAAGCAUGCUAACAUGAUCCUAGAAGCAAUUAGGAAUGACGGUCUCAGGCAGGCUGAAAGGAAAAGGAAAGCUAGUAUGGAGAAAUGCGUCAUGGCUGCAGCCAAGCUGAUAGCGCCCUCUAUAGAGCAGAGUUUCUCCGCAGGGUAUGAUUGGUGUGUUGACUGUGUCAAGCAGUCCAACUACAUCGACCUUGCCAACGACCUUGAGAUCAACAAGGCCCUAAUGUACCUCAAGCAGAAGGAAUUCAAUCAGGCUGUAGAGGUUCUGAAGACGUUUGAGAAAAAGGAGUCCAAGUGCGCCGCCGUGGCCGCAGUCAACCUGUCCUUCAUCUACUUCCUACAAGGCGAUGUAGCUAUGGCUGAGAAGUACGCAGAGGUUGCGAUGACAGCAGAUAGAUACAAUCCUCCAGCCUUGGUGAAUAAAGGUAACUGUGUGUAUGUCCAGGGAGAUCUUGAGAAGGCCAAGGAAUGUUAUCAGGAAGCACUCAGAACAGAAGCGUCCUGCACAGAAGCUCUGUAUAAUCUAGGUCUCGUCAACAAGAAGCUUGGUCAUCUAGAGCCAGCGUUGGAUUGUUUCCUCAAACUCCAUGCCAUACUCAGAAACAACGCUCAAGUGAUAUUCCAGAUAGCAUCAAUCUAUGAGAUGUUAGAAGAUAUCCCUCAAGCCAGUGAAUGGUUCAUGCAGCUGAUAGGCAUCGUACCAACUGAUCCGGGUAUCCUCUCUAGAAUGGGAGAGCUCUAUGACAAUGAGGGCGACAAAUCACAAGCAUACCAGUACCAUUUUGAGUCAUUCCGUUAUUACCCGUCCAACAUUGAGAUCAUCGAGUGGUUAGGGGCGUACUUCAUCGACUCUCAGUUCGUGGAGAAGGCCAUUCAUUACUUUGAGAGGGCGGCGGUCAUCCAACCCAAUCAGGUCAAGUGGCAGCUGAUGAUUGCCAGCUGCCAUAGAAGAAGCGGAAACUAUCAGCAAGCCUUGGAAACCUACAAGAAGAUUCAUAAAAAGUUCCCUGAUAAUGUAGAAUGUUUGAAGUUCUUAGUACGUCUUUGCUCUGAUCUUGGACUGAAGGAUGCCCAAACAUACGCAACCAAGCUGAAGAAAGCAGAGAAAACUAAAGAACUCAGAGAACAGAGGGCCACCAGUGGUAACAGACGCGGUAGCGGUCGUGGUGUACGGCAAGGAAGCGCAGGUCAGUUAUUUCAUUGUACACAAAUGCAUCUUUCAUAAUCAUGUUUAUGAAUU